AUGCAGUACGAUAUAAUCAUAGUGAUUAUAUCUGCAUAUACUGUGAUAGUUCCUGAAAUACAUCUGGAUAAAAAAAUAAAAUAAAAUGUAUUUUUUUCAAAAACGUCACUCAAGUAAUUGGGUAAAUGUAACUAGUUACUACCAAACUCUAGUGCUGUGCUCCGAGCCACUUGCCCAAAUAAAUCUGAACAGGAAUAAAUGAUCGUGUUUACUUGUAGAAAUUUUAUUUUAAAAGAGCAAAAUAUAAUUGCUCCAAAAGUAGAGAGGUCGUACACCACAGGCCUGCUGUAGUGAGACGGCUUGAAAGGUGAAAGUCAGAGCUGCGAGCAGCAGGGGGCGCUAGCGAGAACACAGGCAGCCUGGAUGGUGUGACUGUGCGGCUGCAGCAUCCUUCGCGGCGGCUGCUUCAGGAAGCCUUUAGCCUUCGGCUCGUUUUUAAAGAGGAACAUGGCCGCUGCUACUCUGCACUCGUUCAACGCCUUCCUCACGGAGAGGCUGACCGCUGCUGCCGUGGACAUCUAUGGGUUCGUUGAAAAGACGGUGGUGGAGUACCAGGAGGAGGUCUACCGAACCCAGCUGGAGAACCAGAGGCUGCAGCGGAUGCUGGACCUGGUCUACAAACCGGACAUAAGGCUCCACAGGGCAGAUGCCAACCCUCCAGUAACUACGUCCACAGAAGAAGUUGCUCCUAAGCAGCAGGAGUUGAGCGUGGAGGAGCCAGGGGGUUCAGAGGUCAAAGAGGAACAGAACGAGGAGCAGCGGGAGGAGCUGUGGAGCAGCAGUAUGAAGGAGGAGGCGUCCAUGGAAGACAGCGACGACGGCGACGCCUUGACCAGAGAGCUGAUCAAAACCGUUCAGCAGUUGGAAGACUGCAGAGCAGCGGAGGAGAGCACAGGCUCCCAGCAGACUUCUCCAGAAGAUCCCAAACUGCCUGAGGAAAAGACCACCACCACGCUGUACCGCUGCCACAUCUGCAACUACAUCUUCACCAAAAAGAUUGUGCUGACGUGGCACCUCAAGAUGCACGAGAGCAAAGCCAAAGACGGCAAGGGCAACUUCGACUGUCACAUCUGUGGCAAGCACAUCCCCUGCCAGAGCAACCUGCAGAACCACAUGAGGGUCCACACCGGGGAGCGGCCCUACAACUGCCAUUACUGCGGGAAGGGCUUCAAGCUGAAGGGCCACAUGACCGAACACCUGCGGACUCACACCGGAGAGAAGCCCUUCAGCUGCCACAUCUGUGACAAAUCCUUCAACAGAGGCUCCACCCUGAGGAAACACGUGUUGGCGAAACAUAAGGAGCAGCGGCCGUACCGCUGUGACUUUUGUUAUGAAUUAUUCACUGAGAAGCUGCUGAUGAAGAGACACAUCAGGAAGGUCCAUAGUGUCAAAGCCCAGUCUCCCAGUCAGAGCCAGGCCUAGCUCAGCCUUAACGGAGCUUCUGGAACGUUGGCGCUAGACCCCCUGAAAUCUUUCACAAUGUUACCUUGAUGACUUUAACACUGACUCUAACGUUUAUGUUGAAUGUUUUCUUAGCUUAUAUGUGGACUUGUAAACUAUCUUAUGUUAUUAAACUAGUAGACGUAGAGUUUUACGGUUGACACCGGGCCUGGAGACAACACGAAGAUUUUAUCUGUUAGGGAAUAAAGUUGGUCUCAGCUGCUAUUCACUGUCAAACCUGUUUGAAUAAAAAACAGUUUUAUUGCCUUCUA